UGCAUUGUGAUUGGCUAUUCUGAUUUGUAAAUUAAAAAAUUGUCUUUAUGAUUUAACUAGUGUUCGAUAUAUUCUUGAAUUUUGUCAAUUAAUUUAUUUCUUGGAGGUAUAGAAAUUAUCAAAUACUUAAUAGCUAAUAAAAUGUCGCACACAAUUCUUUUGGUUCAACCGGGACAAAGACCUGAGACGAGAACAUAUUCAGACUACGAAAGCGUUAAUGAUUGUAUGGAGGGUGUCUGCAAGAUAUACGAGGAACACUUAAAACGGAGGAACCCAAAUACGCCGACAAUAACAUAUGAUAUUUCACAACUAUUUGAUUUUAUAGACCAAUUAGCAGAUCUUAGUUGUCUUGUGUACCAAAAGUCAACCAACACCUAUGCUCCAUACAAUAAAGAUUGGAUAAAAGAAAAGAUCUAUGUAUUACUACGCCAAGCAGCUGGACAAGGUGAUUAAAUUGACAUAAGAAAAUAAAUGGUCUGCCUAGGUUUGUAAUGGGUGCAUAAAUGGUAAUAUUUGUUUCAAUAUGAUAUUCAUGACAAUUUGUUUUAAAUAAAAUGUAAUGUACAUUAAAAUACUUUAUUGUAUAUGAUGAGAAAAGUGUUUUACUGCAGUUGUUAAAAUUUUAUGUAUAACCCACAAACAACAUUUAACCUUUCCCAGCAUCUUACAUACUCUAUAAAUUUUGUCAAAAACCUUCAUCGCAAACUGAGGCAUAACCUAGGUAGUAAGUAAAUUGGAAAUAUGGAUAGUUUACAAAAAUUCUGUAACUUUUCAUUUAAAAGCAUACAAAGUUAUAUUUAAAGUAAAAAGUUUUUAUCAGACAUUUUUAUUUUGCAGAGAAUAAAAAUUAUUUAAGUUUUAACAUCCUAUUUAAGUGUUUCAUGACUAUUUUAACUACAUAAAGGUGGUUUGCAGUUGUCUAAGGUGCUUUCGAAAUAACUAUUUAUUGGUUGGAGGUAGGAGCCAUGUAGGUUAUAGAUGCCGUAUCACUUAACUGCCUGUGCAUUAUGCAAGCCACCUUUGGUGUAGCCAAAACUAAAUUUCUGCAAAGGGAGCAAAAUCCAUCUGUAUUUUUUUAUUAUUCUUUAUACUAAAUACAGUGUAUAUCAAAAGACAGUUUGACACAAACUGUCAAUUUUUGUUUUGUUUAGACUCCUUUAAUUAGUGAUAAGUAUGAAUAAAGAUUUGUGUAUAA